AUGGGGAAGGUUCACGGUUCCCUCGCCCGUGCCGGCAAAGUCAAGAAUCAGACCCCCAAGGUCGCCAAGAAGGAGAAGAAGAAGCCACCCACCGGUCGCGCGAAGAAGAGGCAGCAGUUCAACAGGAGAUUCACGACUUCCGUCGGCCGCAAGAGGGGACCGAACGCGCAGACCCAGUAA